AUGAAAACUUCGUUACUUUUCAUAAAUAUUUUGUUGGCCUUUCAUUUGGCCAAAGUGGUUAAGCCCGCGGUUGAAUUCAGAAAUAUUAUCUGCACAUCACUGGAUAAGACAUUCUCAGACUUUGAAUAUUGUUUUUUGAAAUCGAUAAACAGGACAUACAAAUACUUUUCCUUAAAGGUUAAUCUGUUCAAAGUUCCAGUCACAAAGGUCAAGGUUAAUUUCGCACUCUACAAACGAUUUAAUGGCUACAAGCCCUUCCUCUACAAUAUGACCCUAGACGCUUGUAAGUUUCAACAAAAUCCAAAGGGUAAUCCUGUGGCACUUUAUUUUUACGAGUUUAUAAUUGAGGUAUCCAACAUGAAUCACUCGUGUCCCUACGAUCACGAUUUGGUUUUGGAAAAGUUAACAACAGAACAGAUUAGUCAUCGUCUCACAACAAUACUUCCGUUUCCGGAGGGAGACUACAUGUUUCAAAUGUACUGGUUUGCUUACGGAAUAAAUCGUGCAAGGUUUCAGAUAUUUUUAUCAAAAGACAAAUGA